AUGCCCGCGUUAGCCAAGGGAGACGCACUCCGCGGUUCAAGCGUUUACCAGAAACGGAGGAUGAGCCCGGCUCCUGCCCGGCGUUUGGAGCUGGCGGCCCUCAGCAGCUCCGCGCCCGCCCCGGGCCUGAGCCGGCUGCCUCACGGACCGGCGGAGCCCGAACACCGAGCGGCUAACGCCAAUAUUAGUAAUAGUAAUAAUGGUAAUAAUAAUACCAACGACAGUACCGCCGAGGACGCCGGCGCCGCGAUUUGUUUUGAACGUUCGCUGUUCUCAGCGUUCUCCCCUUCGCCAAAAUGUGCUGAGAUGAGACGGGCGCGGGGCCGCGGUAACCGCUCGCCCUCGACAGCCUGGGGGUACCCGGGAAAAGUUCAGCCCGGGCCAGGGGCCGAAUCGGAGAAAAGCACUGUGGUAGAAGGAGGGGAAGUUCGCUUUAACGGGAAAGGGAAAAAAAUCCGCAAACCGAGGACUAUUUAUUCCAGUUUGCAGCUGCAGGCUUUGAACAGGAGGUUCCAGCAAACUCAGUACCUGGCUCUCCCCGAAAGAGCCGAGCUCGCAGCGUCUCUGGGACUCACCCAGACCCAGGUACACCCGCCCCCGGUGCCGCCGGUGUGGAAUGCCACCUCCGCCUCCGGUAAGGCCUCCUCGGGGACCCCGGGCGCCUACAUCCCCAGCUACACGUCGUGGUAUCCUUCGGCUCACCAGGAAGCUAUGCAGCAGCCGCAGCUGAUGUGA